UUGGAGGGCCAUUAUACUAGUACUUCGGUCGCGUGUAUGAUCCUCUCGCAAGAUGGGUCCAAGAUUGUAUCUGCCGGGCAUGACCAGUCGAUCAAGGUGUGGAAUGUCGAGGAUGGCAGAAAUCUGGCGAGUCUGCAGUUAGACGGCCACACUGGUCCUCCUGUCCUUGUCCAGUUCUCACCCGAUGAGGGCAGGGUGUUGGCUUCGGGCGGUGAAGACUAUACUGUCCGUCUCUGGGAUCCAAGGUCGGGUAAAUGCCUUCACGUCAUCGAUACCGAGCAAGAAACCAUGUACAGGUUUAUCUUUGUCCUGGGUGGGGAACAAAUCGUUUGGGGCUACUACAGCGGAAUAGUCAAGAUGUGGGAUGUAGCCACGGGUUCCUGCGUCCGAACUCUGGAGGCACAUACAGCGAGGAUCAGCUAUUUGGCGCUCUCGCCCAACGGACAAUAUAUGGCCACAAUGAGUCGAGAUGGCACGGCAAAAAUAUGGGAUUCAGCCACGGGUGUUCCCGGUCCGGUACUCAAGAACGCCAAUAACACGGUCGGCAGUGAUGAUAGUGAAUUGGUUUUCUCUCCAAAUUCUCUCCAAAUCGCGACCACGAGCGGGGGCCACAUGAGGACGAUCCAACUCUGGGACACUAAAACUGGGACUGCAAGGAUGGUUUUAAGCGGCCAUACUGACAGUAUCAACAAGAUCGUUUAUGCACCCGAUGGACAGCAAAUUGCCUCUACGAGCGGGGACGGAUCGAUUCGGCUAUGGGCCAUGGAUGCUCGACGAUCAACCAAUCGGCAGGAAAAGGAACCGGCUCGACAUACCGAGAACAACCCGAAACGAGACGGAGAUUUGAUCAUUUGGGAUCUUGUCACUGGAACAAGACGGUGGAGACUUCGAGCGCAUGAAGGGAUGCUACGUUUUGUCGGGUUCAGUCCAGAUGGGUCAAGACUUGUCACGAAUGGGUUGGAUGGUACAGUUCGAGUUUGGGAUCUCCUGGCGGGG